AUGAUGGUAUCAAAUAAUAAGAACAACAAGAUGUUACAUACUCAAAGAUCUAGACAUAAUAGAUUGAUUACAGCUGCUUUAGUUAUGCUAGGUAUAUUUGCAUUUUUGUUCGUAACAUGGAAUGAUUAUUCAGAAGAUUCAACUUUUGGCUUUCUUCAAAAUGAAAAACCUACCAAUACUGAAAUGGAAACGUCAAAUUAUCAUACAGGUACUUCUGAAUCAACCACUACUGUAACCAAAGUGGGCUUAAUAACCGAGGAUAAAUACUCUAUGGGUGACAAAGCCUCUCAAGAUGAAAGUAAAUUAAAUUCAAAGAAAGUUGAAGAACAAAUAUCGACAAUUAGAGGCGAAAUUUCACAUGAAAGGAAAACUACUAUCUUAUCUCCUCACACUGCACAAACUUCAUUACCAUCAAAGAUUUUUAAUCCAGAGGUUAAUUUUAAAGAAAUUUUGAAUACUUCUCCUGUAGUUUUAUUUAUUAGAUCUACAGAACAAGAUUCACAAUAUUUGAAAAAUUUAUUAUUAAAAGAAUAUGAAAUUUCUCCAGAAAUUUCUAUUGUCGAUUUGGAUCAACAUUCUAACGGUGAUAAAUUGCAAGAUUACAUUCAAACUACAAAGUUAGCUGCAACUUCUACUCAAAAAUUACCUUAUUUGUUUAUUAACAGUGUCUCUGUAAUAAAUACAAAUAUAAAGAAAGAUAUUAAGGACUUACACUCAGAUGGUUCUUUAUUACAAAACUUUAGACACUUAGCAAGUGGUAAUGUUCUAUUUGAAAAAAUGGGUCUUCCUUCAAAUUCUUAG